ACCGCUGAUCGCAGAUUUCGAAUUUCCUGAUUUGAUGAGAGCAGCUGAGAGGAAAUUUGCUAUUUAAUUCGAUAAAUAAUUUAAUUUCAGUUUCAUUGUUAGACUCCUACCGAAUUUACGCGAGGCAGAUAAAUUGUUUUACUUUGCUAAGCGCGAAAAUUAAAACGUUGCCUACACUAGUCGCACAGCAAGCUGCUAACUAGCUAACUUCUCGAGCCUAGUCCUAGUCAUUCGCUUUUCGACAUGUCUGCAUCUGCCGAUGGAGUUCCUCCUGCUUCUCAAGGCUCGGCUCUCGCUGGUCCUGCCUCGGGGAUGUCGAUGUUUCGAUGGCUGGAAGUCCUGGAAAAGGAAUUUGAUAAGGCAUUUGUUGAUAUUGAUUUAUUACUUGGCGAGAUUGACCCGGAUCAAGCUGACAUAACCUAUGAGGGCCGUCAAAAGAUGACAAGCCUCAGCUCCUGUUUUGCACAACUAUGUCACAAAGCCCAGACCAUUUUUCAGCUAAAUCACAAACUUGAGGCUCAGUUGGUGGACCUGAGGUCUGAGCUGACGGACGCGCAGGCGGAGAAGGCUGUGGUGGAGAAGGAGGUCCAUGAGCAGUUACUGCAGCUUCACACCCUACAGCUGCAACUGCACUCCAAGGCUGGGCAGACUGUUGACUCCAGCACCAUUAAAGACAGGAUGACUGUGCCCUCAGUGCAGGACAUGGAGAAAGAGCUGGAGGCCAGUAAGAAAGAGAAGGUGAAGGAGGCAAAACUGGAAGCUGAAGUGAAGAUGUUAAAAAAAGAGAACGAGGCCCUCCGCAGGCACAUCGCUGUACUGCAGGCAGAGGUUUAUGGAGCCAGACUGGCAGCCAAGUACUUGGACAAGGAACUGGCUGGCAGGGUUCAGCAGAUCCAGCUGCUCGGCCGUGACAUGAAAGGACCUGCGCACGACAAACUGUGGAACCAGUUGGAGGCAGAGAUCCACCUGCACCGUCACAAGACAGUCAUCCGCGCCUGCAGAGGGCGUAACGACCCAAAGAAACCACUGCCUUCCCCAGCAGGACACGACACAGAUUCACUGAAGAAGACUCAAGGAGUUGGCCCCAUUCGUAAAGUCAUUCUAUCUAAAGAGGACCACGAAGGCCUUGGAAUAUCUAUCACGGGGGGUAAAGAGCAUGGCGUUCCAAUCCUGAUCUCAGAGAUCCACCCGUCCCAGCCAGCGGAGCGCUGUGGAGGUCUGCAUGUGGGAGAUGCCAUCCUGGCCGUAAACAGCAUUAACCUGAGAGAUGCUAAACACAAAGAGGCUGUCACCAUCCUGUCCCAGCAGAGGGGUGAAAUAGAGUUUGAAGUGGUGUAUGUGGCUCCAGAGGUGGACUCAGAUGAUGAAAAUGCGGAAUAUGAGGAUGAUACUGGUCAUCGCUACCGCCUUUACCUGGAUGAGCUUGAGGGAGGUUCUGCUGCCAACUGCCACAACAACACAGCCGACUCUGCCUCUCUACAAGCUCUGGAGAAGAAGUCUGUGAGUGAUGGGGCGGAAAACGGUGACACAAGCAUCUCUAGUGAGACUGUGUCUGAGGAAAUGGCCUGUAAGACAGCAGAGUCUGCCAAGAGCCUCUCAAAGAAGCUGUGACAAACAGGAGGAUCCACAGCCACAAUAAAAGAGUGCAUGAUUUGAAAUGAGAGAGAAAUAGAAGGAGACUCUUUGUAUAAUAUGUAAAAUAUGAAAAGUGUUUUGUACCAUGCAGGAAAUGGAUUGUGUGCAUGGAAGGUGCAAAGGGACACAUAGCUGGGGCAGAGGGCGCAGCAGGCAGAAACACAGGGUGACAUGGUCAGGUAGUAUGAGCAGACUAGCGCUGAAGAGCAGUGGUAGAUUCAUGUUUCUGUCUUUGUCUGCUGUAAAACUUCACUAAGAGAAAAGCAGUGCUUGUUAUGCUUUGAUAAAGGCAUCAGAAGGUAUGCUAUCUCUUUUUGAACGGUAAGUCAGAAAUCUCAUUUGGUAAGGGUUUUCUUUCUCAGACCAACCGCUGUGCAGUUACUGGUCCACAAGUUCUGACAUGCCCAUUAUAGCAUCCCUACAGUCUUGGUUUACAGUUCUGCUGGUGAAUAGGUCACACACACAGAGUGGAGAUGGCUGUAGCAGUGAGUUGUUGACCUUCAGUACACUGUGACGUGGAGCAGUCAUUAAUCAGUGUUUUCCCUCCGUGUUUGGCCAUGUAUGAGCCAGCUCUGUUCGAGGAAUGUAGGUCUUGGGAAUGUUCUGUGUUAUAAAUCCGUAAAAAUGUAAUGUCAGUAAUGUUCAGACAGAUGUGAAUGUGUUUUAUUAACUAAACACAUUGGAUCAUGUAUAAGAAGGGUUUUAAUUGAGUGUAUAAAUGAUUGCAGUAGAACUCAAAUGUGACUGUGCCAGUGGAUCUGAUGUAUUCUUUUAUUUUUUUCCAUGGCAAUGUUUUCUAAUCAAUUAAAUAGUAAUCAAAGUAAGUAGAAGUAAACUUGUGAUCAAUGCUAGGAGUCCACACAGAAUAGUACAGGCAUACAUUUCCCUCUGUAUGAUGGAGGAUAUGGUGAGAGGGUAAGAAAGACAGAUAUAGCUCUGUCCAGAAGGCACUAAGGGAGAGCUGCUGCCUCAUAUUUAAGUGCAAUAUGUUGACAGUUAUUGCCCCAGUUCAAGUGAAGAGCUGUAUCUAUUUCCUCCUCUCUAUUGGCUCUGUCCCUUUUGGCGUGUAUUCUGUGAAUUUGCUCUCUCUUUUUGUUGCUGAACACUGAAGACUAAAUGUAAUCCCCUGUCAAUGUAGUUGCGUAGAGAUUCUUUUUCAGUUCUCCUGGAUGUCUUAGAGAGCCUUUGCCUGAUAUCCUCAGGUUAACGUCUGCUGAAACAUAAGCAGAGUACAUAUAUGUCCAGUCCAGAACUGUCCAGUAUGAAAAACAAAACAUUGUAAUUUAGCACUAGUACUCUAAGAAUUUGGCUCAGAGUCCUGUAGUAGAGAUUGAAGACAGUGCUUGUUCAACAACUGUUUUAAAUGUAUUAUGUGUAAUAUAGUACAUAGAACCAGCCACCCUCUGUCCUCACAGUGUAAAUAUAUUUAAUUAUAUAGAACCAGCCACCCUCUGUCCUCACAGUGUAAAGAUAUACAAUUAUUUAGAGCUAGCCACCCUCUGUCCUCACAGUGAAAGAAAUCAUUAAGUGCUUGUUCUAGACCAGAAAAGGGUUGUGCAUUUUUCUUCCAAAUCUGAUGUGUAAAAAUCGUCAUAUUUUUGUCCUUCAAGUCUGAUAAAUCGUCUACCAUGUAAAGAGCAAGGCUGCCAACAGUCUGGACAGACAGCUGUCCUCAGCUACACUGCUGCAAGGCUUGAGAGGAUGGUUUGGAGAUUUGGAUUUCUUUCAUAGUUACUGAUUUGCUUGAGCUGUUGCGCAUUAAACUCACUGAGAAACUUAGACUUUGCUGUGGUUGCUGCAACUAGAAAAGUGUUGCAUUGCUCCAAACAGCUUGCAGUAUCACUACAGGUUAAUGUUCCCUCUCCUAUCAUUCGAGGCAAGAUAUAUUUUUACUACAUUUUUCACAGGGUUUUUUUUUUUUUUCUUUUUUUCUUUUUUUUCCAUAGAUGUAGGUUAUUUGAUUUGUAUCCCCUACUCUGUGUCCCUACAUUAAAUAUGAAUGUCAUA